UUCAGAUCUCCUCCACUCCUCUCUCUCUCUCGCUCUCGAUCUCUCUCUCUCUCACACACACACACAGAGGCCAUACCACCCGUCUCUCUCACUAGCCGUCGCAGCCUGAUACCAGCCACCAGCUAUCCGUGGAUUUCAGUAGUGAAAUUUGAAAGCGUAUUCACAAAAAUAUGACAAAAUUAGCCAAUUGGAUCUGACUGAAGUUGUACCCAUUGUGGAGGGCAUUACAUUUCAUCAGUGUUUCUGCUGAAAAGAAUAUUGGAUGAGUUCCAUUGUUCCAGCUCUUUUACCAUACUAUAAGAAUUAGAUUAUGCAAAAAGGGAUUACAGGAUAAGCUUCUCUGAUCACAGGUGUCAAUAUUACCUUUAGCGAAAACUGGAAGGGUUAAAGAAGUAAAAUCCAGUAGUGCAAAGAUGGAGCUCUCUAUAACCCGACCUGAUGAUUGGCAUCUUCAUCUCCGUGAUGGUGACCUUCUUGAAGCUGUUGUUUCUCACAGUGCACAUCAUUUUGGAAGGGCAAUAGUCAUGCCAAAUUUGAAACCUCCUAUCACCACCACAGCUGCUGCUGUGGCAUACCGGGAAUCCAUCCUGAAAGCAUUGCCUGGUAGCAGUGUCUUCAAUCCUCUUAUGACACUUUAUUUAACGGACACAACAAGCCCUCAUGAGAUCAAGCUAGCAAGAGAGAGUGGGGUUGUAUUUGCUGUAAAACUGUACCCUGCCGGAGCCACAACAAAUUCUCAGGAUGGUGUUACAGACCUAUUCGGGAAAUGUCUACCUGUGCUUGAGGAAAUGGUUGAGCAUAAUAUGCCUCUGCUGGUUCAUGGGGAGGUUACUGAUCCUGAGGUUGAUGUAUUUGAUCGGGAAAAAGUAUUUAUUGCCACAGUUUUACAGCCCUUAAUACAGAAGCUUCCACUUCUGAAGGUUGUGAUGGAGCAUGUUACUACUAUGGAUGCUGUUAGGUUUGUUGAGUCUUGCAAUGAAGGAUUUGUUGCAGCAACUGUUACCCCUCAGCAUCUUCUUCUCAAUAGAAAUUCCCUCUUUCAAGGAGGAUUGCAGCCACACAAUUACUGCCUUCCAGUACUCAAAAGAGAAAUACACAGACAGGCUAUUGUCUCUGCUGUGACUAGUGGAAGUAAAAGAUUUUUCCUUGGAACUGAUAGUGCUCCUCACGAGAGACGAAAAAAGGAAUGUCCUUGUGGAUGUGCCGGAAUCUACAAUGCUCCUGUUGCCUUGUCACUCUAUACCAAGGUUUUUGAAGAGGCUGGUGCACUUGACAAGCUAGAAGCAUUUACAAGCUUUAAUGGGCCAGACUUCUAUGGGCUUCCGAGAAACACAUCAAAAAUUAAAUUGAACAAGAACCCAUGGAAGGUACCCGAAUCAUUUCCAUAUGCAUCUGGGAAUAUUAUUCCAAUGUUUGCUGGUGUAACACUUGAGUGGUUGCCAUCCUCUAUCUGAAUGACACACGAAUGCUGUGCAAGUGGUUCCAUUUCUCACCAGUCACUCAUACUGAAUAGUGAGGUGUUCUUAUGAUUAAGCUAACUAAAAUAAUUUAUUGAUCCAUGUUUUGAUCAUAGAAUGUGGUUUUUGUUAGUGGAAGGACAUGAUUUUAUUGAACAAUUCAAUUCAUUUCAUUUCAAGGGCAUACUUCACUUUUUGCAACAAUAGAUCUCAAUAAAGAUGGUGAAUAUGGAUAGGAUCACUGGGGGGAUUAUUGAUGGCCUGGUGAAACUGAAUGACUUUUUUGUGUUUUUCUUAAUUUCUGAAGAUUAAACAUAUCAUCAAGAUGUGGAUCACCGUAAAUAAUGUAACUUGUGACAGCUGAUUGUAUAGGAUCUUGAAAGGAAUCCCACGUCUUCCCCCAUAUUUUGUAAGAUAAGUUGGUGUCUGGGUCACCAAACUGAAAGAGAAGAGCAUCGUGUAAGAUUGACAGCCAAC